AUGCCAGCCAACAUACAUUCUGAUAGAGGAUCUUUGUUUAUGUCUCGUGAAUUAAAAUGCUUCUUAACUUCACUUGGUAUAGCAACAAGUCGCGCAACUGCAUAUAAUCCUCAAGGAAAUGGCCAAGUAGAGAGGUAUAAUGGAAUCAUAUGGAAAACCAUCCAUCUGGCACUAAAAUCAAAGAACAUGGCUAUCGAACUUUGGGAGGGUGUUCUGCACGCUGUUUUGCAUUCGAUCCGGUCACUCUUAUAUACAGCAACAAAUGCCACACCACAUGAACGUAUGCUCAUCUAUGCUAGAAGAUUGUAUAAUGGAUGUUCUUUACGUGGUUAA